UUUUUUUUUUGUUCAAUAUACAAUAUAUAUUACUAUAUUGCGGCAUGUCCAGUGCCCAAGUGUCACCGGCCGCACCACAGACGACGCUAUCAAUGCCGUCGCAAUUGUUAUUAAGCCAUAUUGCUGCUGCCACCCAUACCACCGCACCACCGCCAGUUGUUGCCACCACCGCUCAAUCUGUUGCCGACUACGAUCAGUGUAGUCAAAAUUCAACAUUAUCGCCCAGAUCACAGGAGGCUGGUUCAAGUCCAAGUCCGCCAGUGGCAUUGCUUAUAGCCGCCAGCAGUCCAACACAUUCGCAGGCUACCACAGGAUCACCGCAUAGUGUCUACGCGGCGAAUCACAGUCCAAGCCAGGGAUCUGAUAGGGAACUAACUGCAAGUGAUCAUCCUCAACAACAGCAUCAUCUGCAUCAUCAUCAUCAUCAGCAACAGCAGCAACAGCAGCACCAGCAAGCGCAACAAAUAACAACAAAUAUGCCUUUGCUAGUGGCUCCCAUGCCAAUGGCUGGUCCACCUACCACAGCACCAGCACCACCACCACCAACGGGAAUAGCAUCAUCGCCAGCGUCUCGCCUUUAUAUUGAGGCAUUUCCUUCACAUCCAUCCCUGCCACCGGCACAUCAUGUGUCCGCGUAUCCCCUGCCGCGUUUGCCAUUGACUGCCAUAAUGCCUGGACAUGGAUCUAUAACUGCAACGGCGCCGGCAUCAGCAUCUUCAUCACCGUCAAAUACAACCAACAAUACCAAUACCACCACAACAACAACAACAACAUUGCAAAGUCAACCAAAAAAAUCAUUUUGCAUAGAUGCCUUGUUAGCCAAGAAUCAAUCAGCCGAAAAUCGUCCAACAUCAAUUGGCAUAAUCAAUGGAGAUCGUGAUAUUAUUGUCGAUGAUCGUCUAGCAGCCUUGCAUUAUGCAAGCAGUAGAGAUCAUGUUGAUCUACAAAAUGCCGCUGCCCAUCAUGCCUUUGUCACCGCCCAGGCACAGGCAGCAGCUGCCGCCCAAGCCGCCGCCGCCGAUCACGAGGAAAUGCAACGUAUACGAGAUUCAAGGGAAUAUGAUUCACCCAGUCCCGACGGCAUGUCAAGAUCGGAAUCUCCCACAUCGUCGCAUCGUUCCAGUCCACCGAUAAGUCCCGGCUGUGAAGAUCAAUUACAGAAUCAAUCUGGUUCCCAUCAUUCCCAUGCAUCGUCUCACAUGUUGCGCAUGCCCGGCGAUUUGCAUGAUGAGUUCAAGAAACCGAUUGUACCGCCGCAUAGUCCGAUUAGGCCGCAAGAUUUCCCUCUAUAUGCCGGAGGACAUCCAUAUCAGCUAUUGGCCCAAGGUGGUUCUGCAUUCCAUAGACCAUUGGAUCCAUCAGGCAAACCAAUACCGUUUUCCACUUUGACAUCUUGCUUUCAGCUGCCAAUGGGUCACAAUUUUAUGCCAUCGCAAUUGCAAUUCGAAUUUUUGGCUCGUGCCGGGAUGCUGCAUCAUCGUAUACCCGAACUGGCUGCCUAUCCCCAUCAUGCCAUCUUGGGUAAGACCCGUCGUCCACGCACCGCCUUCACCUCGCAACAGCUCCUGGAGCUGGAGAAGCAAUUCAAGCAAAACAAAUACUUAAGUCGACCUAAGCGUUUCGAAGUGGCCAGCGGUCUAAUGCUAUCCGAGACGCAGGUGAAAAUCUGGUUUCAAAAUCGUCGCAUGAAAUGGAAGCGUUCCAAAAAGGCCCAACAGGAGGCCAAGGAGCGGGCCAAGGCACAGCAGCAGCAGUCGUCACAGCAGCAACAACAACAACAACAACAAAGUGCUUCCUCAGCUAGUUAGGACAAAGUGGAAUUCGAUCCUAAUAGUCCCCCCACCACCCACCACCCAAACCACCCAUCUUCCUUCUCCAUUUUAAUUUCUAGUCAAUCCAAAUGAGACACCCUGUAAUCUUGCCCCCAUUUCAUCAUUGUCAUCAUCAUCAUUUUUGUCAUCGCCAUUCAAUCUCUUAGCUUAUUUAUUUAUCGCAAUUAGUUGAAAUUUUAUUU